CCUUCCUCUUCAAUCUUGAUUCUCAAUCAGUACAUGGUAUUUUGGCCGCAAACUUUAUUGUGCAGAUGCUACAGUCGGUCUUAUUGAUAUAAUUCCCUAGCAAUUAACUGCCUUUUUAUAUCGAAAAAGGAGUCCGGUUCCCGAUUGCUUCGUCACUGAUACACAGCUGACGUCGACUUGGCCUGUCGCUGCAAUCAGCAUGCCGUCCCCACGGCGUUUGCGUCUCCUGUGCAUCGUCGCCAUUGCCGUUCUUUUCACUCUGCUCUUCACAUCCCGCCUCCGCCAGGCUAGCGAUACCGAUGCCAACUCUAUUCAAGGGUUGUACCAUAAGACUAGGACCGCCAUCGACAGAGCCCGCGCUGAUGGGCAAGCCGCCUUGCAGAGGUCCAAAACUGGAGCAGACAAGGGUCAUCUAGCUUUGGACAAGGAUGCCGAUGGCGAUAUUGAUCAAGACGACGAGGUUUUUGCCCAAGAAAUGUCAGACCGCCUGAGGGCCGCCGAGCAAAAAGCCAAAGAUUUAGCAAACUCCAAGUCGCCCAAUAAGCCAGAUGCACCCAGAAACAUUGUCGGUGUCGGCAGCUCAGCAGGUGGCCAGACUGCAAAGAAGAAGACAACCAAGCCGGCACUGGCCGAGGUGGAAGCAGACGAGAAGCCAAUGGUGGGGACGAGCGAGGACGAGGAGGUCAAGGCAGAGCUCGACAUGAUACUUCGGAAAUCUCCAGUUGUGAUCUUUUCGAAAUCGUACUGUCCGUACUCCAAGCGAGCGAAGGGCAUACUGCUGGAAAAGUACAGAAUAGAGCCAGCCCCUUACGUCGUCGAGUUGGACCAGCACCCUCUCGGUCCACAGAUACAGCAGAAGCUGGGUGACAUGACCAAAAGGAAAACCGUGCCCAAUAUCCUCGUCAACGGGAAGUCCAUCGGCGGUGGCGAUGAAAUUACCGAGCUCGACGCAACCCAGAAGCUUAUCACGACUGUUAACCUUUACGGCGAUAAGCACAUUAAAGUGAAAGAGCGCUUUCCUAAAAAUGAGGCUGCGGCAUGAUUUAGCAUGUUGCUUAAUUCGAUCCGCCUUCCAACCCUUGCUUCCUCGUGGGAAUGACAGCUGUAACUGGGGCCAAAUUAGGGGCUUUACCAGCAUACCUGCUGUAGGCAAAUACGUGUCUAUUACACGGUGAUGCGGCCACUUCUAGCAGGUCAACGAAUGGAAUUUUAACCGGCAUUGUGUGUGAGCUCUUCGAGAGCUCUGGAUUAACGAGUAGAUUGUCAUGACAUUCGGCUCUUGACCGAAUCGUGGCUAUCUGGUACUCGGAUGCAUCGGCCGACCAGGACCUCGGGACUCAAACAAGUUACGGGCCUACCAUAAUGACAUCGAACUGUUCCCCCCUCCCCCACAAGAGGUCAAUCCCUCUUUCCAUCUCAAAUCAACUACCGUCAGCAUUUCGCCAUUCACAUGAAUCACUUGGACAUGGGCAGUCACUAGGGGCCGACAUUUGGUGUGGUGCCCACCGGCUGGCCAUCAAGGUGUCACAUGGCUCCUCUUUUGCCUCAUGCAGCUCUCAAUCUUCUCAAGCAGCAGCAUCAGUGAAUAGACUGCCCACUUCUCCUUUGCUGUAUAAAAGGGACAGUUGGCGCAUGUUCGCGUCCUGGUUUGUUGAUGUUGACUUGCUCUGCUUCUCAAUCAUUAUUAUUGUUUUUGUUUUGGUUUGGACGCCAAUAAUCCAUAUUGCUCAUCCUUAGCUUCAACAUCCUCACGCUCAAACAACACCAUGGACCUCGAAACCUUGCUCAUCGUCGCCGAGGAAGCUGAGCUCCCAGCUCUCUCGGCCCUUAUGCGCACAAAUAGUCGAGUUUAUGCUGGCAUUAUCGAAUACGAGCAAUCAAUUUGCAAGACUCGCAUGCAAAGAUACAUGCUUCCUCCUAGCUGCGACGUCAUGUCUACUCGAACACCUGAGCGAGAGGUUUACCCACGCUUCUCUCUAGAUAGCAUCGGUGAACUUGAGCGCAGGCAAAAGCGGAUUGCCUGCAUAGUCAACGACAAUAUCCUCUCGGCCAACAACACCAUCUCAGAAGAGUGUCGCUCGCGUUAUGUAUCUGGGUUGGAGCGCGCGCUGCACAUCUGCGAUCAUAUACUUGAUUUGGGCAACCAAGAUAGUGAACGCAAAGCUCAAGUCGAGUACAUCGAGUCGUUAUCCAUCGUUGAUUUGGCAUUCCUGUUCGAGGCAGCUUGGAUGGGAUCCGUCGGAUGGGCCCGGACUCGGGGCGCUGACACCACCACGGAUCCGGACUACCUGCACAAGAUGCUAGCUUUUGAAGACCUCGUUCUAAGGCAAGGCUCGAUGUUCCUGUGGGGCUUGACACAGGGAUCGGAUAAGUUCUGCAAAUACUCAACACGACAGAUUGAGAACGUGGCCGCAGAGAUACACGAUUGGGAGUUCAACAACGGCCCCAAGCUGCCAUCGCUUCGCCUGGCUGUCAUUUACACAUUUAUCGAGAAGAAAAAGUGCACGUUUGUCAACUUCACCCAACAUAUGGCCGCCAUCGUCGAGAGGGAAAUCAAAGGCCCGCUGCCGCCAGCAGGCAAAGAUGUUACCAAGGACAAUCACCAACAACCCUGAUUGUCUCUGGGUUGAUGAGAGUUUGCUUAGCUGGCGCUGAAUUGUCCUGAAGCUCUUGUGCAUUCACGAAAAAUGCACGAUUCGUCUUUUUUUUUUUUUUUUUUUUUUUUUUUUUUCCUUGGCUCGAAGAUGCAGCAUCUGUUAGUAUGAAUCACUGUGACAUUGAAAAGCGGGCUGGGAAUCUGCGCUCC